GGAGCCUCAAGGCGUCUCUCGGUAUCUCGGGAGCUGCGCUUCGCCCCGCUCCGUGUCCCGGGGGUUGGCCGGGAUGGGAAAACACAGAGCUGGUGUGGAAUAGCGGGAUAAGGCUGGGCAGCGCUCGGUCUGCGCCUGUCAAGAGAAGACGAAGUGAUUCCUCGGAAGGCUUGGCUGCUUUGCGAAUGAGCUGCCCGAUGUCCCGCUGUUAGGUGUGAAUUCCCAAUGCUUGAGCUCAGGGCUCAGCGCUCACGGGUCAGCAUUGUUGUGCUGUGUGUGCAGAAGGGGCCGGGGGUCGCUUUUUCCCCGUGGCUGUGCUUCCCUGGGUGGCUCUGAGUGCUGGUGGCACGCUGAGGUCUUUGAGGGGCCUCUGAGUCACCUUCGUGCUCCAGGAGCUGCUUAAAAACUCUGCAAUGAGUUGAUGGGCUCCAUCCUGUUGGCUUUAAACCAGAUGCAGAAAGUUAGGCUCGUGUUCUCUUCCCCAAAAGAAGGCCAUUACACAGCGCUGUGCAUCACCUUACAGCUGUCUGGGCUGUCAGCACCCAUCUCUGAGCACAGCACUGAUUUCUGUGCACCCAUCAGCAGGACAGGAGGGGCAUUUCGGGAGCAGGGAAAGCCUGGAUGGCAGAUUGUGUGCCCUGCGUGCCUGCAAAGCGGAGCAGCGCUUCCUCUAUCGGAGCGGGGCUGUUACACCAGCUAAUUAAAGAUAAGGCUAUCGUGAUAAGGCUUGAAAUUGCUAUCUUAAACCACACACAGCGUCCCCAGAGGGUGCAGGAGCUGCUGUGUGACUGUGUGCAGGUGCCAGCUUUCCUGUCCCAGCAUUGCAGGGCUGUGCGUUGCGGGCCAAAGAGCUGGGCUUGUCGUGGAUGGGGAGAAAAAACCAUUUAUCCUCUCUGCAUCUCUGGGAGAACAUUAGAGAUAAUGGCACAGUUUCCAAACUAAAUUGGUUUUUUGUGCAGGGACGAAUGCACCAGAUGUACUGUUUCCACUGUUUGGAGAUGGUUUCCACAUAAAACUGUACUUGUGACAAGCAGAGGGGAACGGGAGAGUGGCUGGAAAAAAAGGACUUUUAUGACUUGCUGCUCUUCAGUUGCCUCAAUGGAAAGCACUCUCCUGUUUGAGGCUCUCCUGGGGGCGUCAGGAUAGCAAACGGGGCCUGAAAUUCUCCAUGGGGUGUGAAUGCGUGCCUGACUCAGAGCAAAUGUCAGCUCUGUGAUGCGUUGUGGUGAGGAGGAACCCUGGGUGAACACGUGGGCAGCUGAGCUGCGUGCUGCCAGUCACCUCCAGGGUGGGACAGUGUCACUGCAGGCCGAGACACAGCCAGCUCAGCUUGCUCUUAUUUGUAGUCAGGGCUGCUAAUCCUCAGCAGUGCCCUAAUUCUGCAGAAAGGAAGGGUGCAGCCCUUGGGCUUGGGCAGCUGUGCAAGCUCCUGGCUUUCCAGGAAGAACGCAUCCUUUUCUCUGGCUGUGAGCACGCAGUGCCUCUCACCUUUGCUGCAGAGAGGGUCUGGAGCGUGGACUUUUCUCCUUCAACACUUCUCUGCCUCUGACAAGCUGUGAAACAACCCGUGUCUGCCUUCCUUGCGCUGUGCCAUCCGUUCAGCCCUGCUCAGCCCCACAUCUCGCCUGCGUGGGAUCCACCAGCGCCCUGCCACUGCUCCCUCCCAGUCCCUGCUGAGCAGCAGAAAGCCACUUGCAGUGCUUACACAACUUGUUUUGUCUGGCACCGUGCUUUGUGUGUCUCCCUUGCAGCGUGGCCCUGCCAUUGCAUCUCAUUGCUCCUGCGGUCUGGGUGUCUCUGUGCACAACCCCAGCACGGCUGCAGCUCAGAGAUGCCCUCCAUGAAUCCCAAGUGCUUGUUAUUCCUCAGCUUGGCCAUAACUCCCUGCUGAAGUCAGGACAUCGUCAGCAGUGGUAAUAAAAGAAAUUCGAGCUUGGACAAGUUUUCCCUGGCACCUUCUUGAGGCAAAUACUAUUAAGCUAUUGAACCAUUCAGUGGCCGCUGGAUGGGGUUGAGUGGGAGAUUUGCCAAAGGAUGCUUUGUGGAUGAAACCUUACCAGCCUACAAGAAAAGAGGUAACAAAUGAUCGAGCGACAGCAUGGCUGCCACUGCUGCCGUCAGCCCCAGUGAAUACCUGCAGCCAGCUGCCUCCACUGCCCAGGACUCCCAGCCGUCUCCGCUCGCCCUCCUCGCAGCAACAUGUAGCAAAAUUGGUCCCCCAGCAGUGGAAGCCGCCGUGACUCCUCCUGCCCCUCCUCAGCCAACGCCUCGCAAACUUGUCCCCAUCAAACCUGCUCCUCUCCCUCUGGGCUCUGGUAAGAACAGCUUCGGGAUCCUGUCGUCGAAAGGGAAUCUCUUCCAGAUCCAGGGCUCCCAGGUUGGCACCUCCUACCCCGGGGGGCAGCUGGUUUUUGCCAUUCAGAACCCAACUGUCAUCAGCAAAGGGACUCGCUCGUCUGCAAACAUCCAGUACCAGACGGUGCCCCAGAUCCAGGCUGCAGGGGGGCAGACCAUCCAAGUCCAGCCCAACCUCACCAACCAGAUCCAAAUUAUUCCAGGCACGAAUCAGGCCAUUCUCACCCCAUCCUCAUCCUCUCACAAGCCCGUGCCCAUCAAGCCAGCACCGGCGCAGAAGAGCGGAGCUUCACCGGUGCAGGGCUCGAGCAACGUGGUCAAGUUAAGCGGUGGCAGCAACGUGACUCUUACCCUGCCUGUGAACAACCUGGUGAACGCUGCAGAGUCAAGCACGCAGGCUCAGGUGGUUGCAGAGAGCCCCUCAAAGCCUGGCAAAAAGACUCGAAAGAAAGCCAUGUCACCCAGCCAGCCCUCUGCCGUGGCUGUGGCCGAGCAGGUGGAGACGGUGUUGAUAGAGACGACGGCGGAGAACAUCAUCCAGGCGGGGAACAACCUGCUGAUCGUGCAGAGCCCGGGCUCUGGGCAGCCUGCCGUGGUGCAGCAGGUGCAGGUGGUGCAGCCCAAGCAGGAGUCCCAGGUGGUGCAGAUCCCACAGCAGGCCCUGCGUGUGGUCCAGGCUGCCUCAGCCACGCUCCCCACCGUCCCCCAGAAGUCCUCCCAGAACAUCCAGAUCCAGACGACAGAGUCCGCUCCUACGCAGGUCUAUUUCAAAACACCAUCGGGUGAACUGCAAACAGUGCUGCUCCAGGAAGCCCCGGCCGUGACGGUGGCUCCAUCCAGCACCUCCUGCAGCAGCCCCGUGUCCCGCAACUCUGGCACAGCAUCCAGCAGCAAGAAACCGACCGCACGCAAGGAGCGUCCGCUGCCAAAGAUCGCGCCUGCCGGAGGAGUCAUCAGCUUGAGUGCAGCCCAGCUGGCAGCUGCAGCACAGGCCAUGCAGACCAUCAACAUCAACGGGGUGCAGGUCCAGGGUGUGCCUGUCACCAUCACCAAUGCUGGAGGCCAACAGCAGCUGACUGUGCAGAAUGUCUCUGGCAACAAUCUGACCAUCAGCGGCCUGAGCCCGACCCAGAUCCAGCUCCAGAUGGAGCAAGCACUGGCCGGGGAGAUGCAGCCGGGAGAAAAACGACGGCGGAUGGCCUGCACCUGCCCCAACUGCAAGGAUGGGGAGAAGAGGCCUGGGGACCAAGGGAAGAAGAAGCACAUCUGCCACAUCCCCGAAUGCGGGCGGACCUUCCGCAAGACCUCACUGCUGCGUGCUCACGUGCGCCUGCACACGGGCGAACGUCCUUUUGUCUGCAACUGGGUGUUCUGUGGGAAGCGCUUCACACGCAGCGACGAGCUGCAGCGGCACGCGCGCACACACACAGGCGACAAGCGAUUCGAGUGCGCGCAGUGCCAGAAGCGCUUCAUGCGGAGCGACCACCUGACGAAGCACUAUAAAACCCACCUGAUCACCAAGAACUUGUAGGGCUGGGAGCCACGUCUUGAACAAACAAAACACCCCCCCCCCUCCCCCAAUCCUUUGAGGGGCCACGGUGAGGAUCCGUCAAGCGCCGACCUGUCACCCCACCGCCCUCACAGCACUCCAGUCUCCCCGGCCGCCCUUUGAGGGCAGCCGCGUCCCCUCCAGCACAGCUCUCAGGGGACGUCCUCUGCCACCGUGUGGGCUUCACGCAGAAGCAGCCCUCGCAGAGGGGCCGAUCCCCCUCGUGGAGCCGUGGGGCAAAGCACCCGGCAUGGCCCCGGCACAGCGGGGCGCGCAGGGCUCGGCACACCAGGGGCUGCACCCUCCGAUGCGGGAGGGCCGAGAACGCCUCCACAGCACAUUCCUACUUUAUAUUUAAAAUCUAUAAAUAGUUAUAAAUAUCUAUAUAAACCCCUUUGGAAGGUCCCUUUUUUUCUAUGGAGAUCGUUGCCUUACGUUCCCUGUUCCCGAUUACCAACACUGUGUAUGGUGAGUGCUUUUUUUCCCCAUCUUUAUUUAAUUGCUCCCUCCUCAGACCUGCCCUCCCCCUCUCCCUUUUCUUUUUCCCC